UGCGGCAGUGGAGCGGGGCAGCGCUUGGCCUCUCUUCUCCCCAGCUCCCCUCAGCGAAGUAGCGGCGCGCGGGGUUGUGGCCGUUGGGGACCGUUGUCCCGCUCUCUUCUUGCCCCCUCCCAGGCAGCGGUGGUGUGGGCCGAGCCGCGCUAUGGGCAUUCAAGGGCUGCUGCAGUUCAUCAAGGAGGCCGCGGAGCCCGGCCACGUGAAGAAGUACCGCGGGCAGGCGGUGGCGGUGGACGCGUACUGCUGGCUGCACAAAGGCUCCUAUGGCUGCGCAGAGAAGCUGGCCAGGGGAGAGCCGACGGACCAUUAUGUAGCUUUCUGCAUGAAACUUGUUGAUAUGCUCCUCUCAUUCGGAAUUAAACCGAUUUUGGUAUUUGAUGGAUGCACCCUACCUUCUAAAAAGGAAGUAGAGAAGGCCCGAAGAGAGAAGCGACAAGCCAAUCUUCUGAAAGGAAAGCAGUUGUUUCGGGAAGGGAAAUUUUCAGAAGCAAGGGACUGUUUUGCUCGCAGUGUAAAUGUUACGCAUGCUAUGGCUCACGAAGUCAUUAAAGCUGCACGAGCCCGAGGAGUUGAUUGUAUUGUUGCUCCCUAUGAAGCUGAUGCUCAGUUGGCUUACCUUAAUAAGACUGGCGUGGUUCAGGCCAUCAUUACAGAAGAUUCUGAUCUUUUAGCUUUUGGAUGUAAAAAGGUGUUUUUGAAAAUUGACAAAUUUGGAAAUGGAUUGGAGAUAGAUCAAGCUCGGCUAGGAAACUGCAAGCACCUCGGAAAUAUAUUCACUGAAGAGAAGUUCCGUUAUAUGUGUAUUCUGUCUGGUUGUGACUACCUCUCAUCAAUCCAUGGAAUUGGGUUAGCUAAAGCAUGCAAGUUACUAAAAUUAGCUAACAAUCCAGAUAUUAUAAAGGUUAUUAAGAAAAUGGGGCACUACUUGAAGAUGAAUAUAACUGUAUCAGAAGAAUACAUACAGGGUUUCACACGAGCCAAUAAUACAUUCCUUUAUCAGUUGGUUUUUGAUCCCAUCAAGAGAAAAUUAGUUCCUCUGAAUGAUUAUGCUGAUGAUAUUGAUCCAGAAACGCUAAUUUAUGCAGGACGACACUUUGGAGAUAGCACUGGUUUUCAAAUUGCCCUUGGGAACAUUGAUAUUGAUACGAUGGAACAAAUUGAUAACUAUAACCCUGAUACUGCACAGCCUACACAGCAAAGAAGCCAUGGCUGGAAUGACAAACGUGCUAAUCAUGUAAAUAGUAUUUGGAACAAAGACUACAAGCUUGGCCCUAGUACAGAUGAUGUUCCUCAUACAACUCACUUACCAGAGAAAUCAACAACGAAAGGCAUUGAGAAGAUAAUCAGUAUCAAAGGGUUAAAUCUUCCAGGCAAAGAGCUCUUUGCAAAAAGACAAAGGAGUGAUUUAGAAGAACUCUCAGAUGGAGAUCUGUUGAAUCAAUAUUCAUUUUCGAAAGCGAAAAAAUUCAAGGAGAGUGGUGAAGAUGGUCAAUCACAGAAGAGCAUUUCUGCAAUAGAAAACAUUGAUUCUUCAGGGAAUUCUGUCAUUAAAGAAAGCUCUAACUCUCUGCCCAGAGUUAGAAAUAAAUUUGCUUCCUUUCUGCAAAGGAAAAACAAACAGACAGAUGCUGUGAUUGUUCCAGGAACAAGAAGCAGAUUUUUCUGCAAUGAUGCAGAUAUGUUUGGUUUUAAAGAAAAGGAUGAGAGUGAUAGAAUUCAAGAUGUUGAGGAGGAUUGCAAGCAACAGGAGGUAGAACAUGUAGCUGAAGAUGAAUCUCCAUUUUUAGAAACUGAAAAAACAAAGACUGUCUCAUCAGUUUCUGGAGAAAGACCAAGAAGUUGCUUCCAGUGGCUUAGCAUCCUUGGAAAUCAUUCAGGAAAUCCUGGUCCAUCUCAUACUGUAUUCUCACAGCAGUUUCACCAACAAAGAAACAGCUGUAUGGCAUCUCAGGAAGAUAACAGUAAUGGGGUACAAGCAGAGACUGAAGCCAUGUGUGGUGAAUCAGAUGAAGAAUCCUCUCCCUUAAUAGAACCACAGCGUUUCUCCCAGUCUCAAAAGUCUUUUGAGCCACCAGAAUGCAGGUUGGAGUCUUCAAAAGUACUACAGGAAUCUGACUCCAAUUUAAGACUGUUUGAUAACCAAUGUACUCAGAGGCCUCCAGUAUUUUCUGCUGUUCAAACUGACAGAAAGAAUAUGGUAGCAAAGAUCAAGGUUCCUGGUUUACGCAAAUCCAGUUCUGUGGGGUCGCAUAUUGUGACAAAACUGAAGCCAUUGAUACCAGCUAAAGUAAGUGGAUUAAGUAAGAAACUGUCUCCUGUGCAAAAGAGGAAUCACUGCGAUGCUGAAAAUAAGUUGGGACUACAAACCACCAUUGGUGAACUCUGGAGAAACUUCCAGUUUAAAAGAGACUAUGAAAAGCUCCCUUCUUGUAAAAAGUCAGACCCGCUGUCUCCAAUCAAAGAUAAUGUUCAGCUCACUCCAGAAACAGAAGAAGAAAUCUUCAAUCACCUUGAACGUGCUCAAGUUCAGAGAGCUAUAUUCCAAUGAACUGUAUGCUGUGCAAUAGAAUGCAUUUUUAUCACUGUCAAAAUUUCUUUGGGACCUCAUCAGUAUAGAAAAGAUACUUUGAAAAUUAGCUGUACGUUUUAGUCUGAUUACUGAUUUCUCAUCUUGUUUUAUAAAAAGCGAGUUGAAAGGUACAGUUUUAUACUGACUGAAAUAAAACCUUCAGAUCUCCAUUUUCUUGUUGAAAAUUUAAUACUGUUUUGUCCAAACCACUUUCAGCUGAUCCUGAGUAUUUUUUGUAGGUCAUAUAGACACGAUGGAACUUCGUAAAACAGCUAUGGCUUUACUUUUGCAGAAAACAGCUGGAUAUGUUUAUGUCUUAGUUUUUAAGACCAUUUAAAAAUUUUCUUGCUGCUUCUUCCCUGUUGAGCCUAGUUGGUCUCUAGGGCAGGAAUAAAACUGCUCUUGAGUAUUCAGUCAUCACUAUACUCUGAUGCUGAUUCUUUCACUAUACGGUAAGAUCUUUUCUCUCAAUGGUUAGCUUUCUGUACUUAAUGUAUGAUGCAGCCACAUUACUGGUAGGAAUAAUUUGGGAAUUGCAGAAAGGAAUAUUGUAAGUACAGGGAUGAAUGUUUACAUCCACAGGCAUAGAACUAUUGGCUAGCAUGAAUUACUGUGUUGCUGUGUGUUAAUAAUGACAGAAUGAAAUUUUGAAGGGAAAACAUAAACUAAUUGGUUGUUCUCAUCACUUAUUUAUCAGUGCGAGAAAAGUAAGGUUGCUUUGUACAGCUGCCCAGUGCCUUUCACUGAGAGCCAUGGAUUCCUGCAUUAGUGGAACAUCAAAGAGGCACUACCACUGUCAAGGGCAGGUACUUUUAAUAGGAGUGUAGGACCUCUGACACAAAAGCAACGUGUGUGAAUGGAACGGAGGUUUUAAUUCUGUUAACUGCAGACACAGUCUUAUCUUAUUUUGUGGCUUAACUAUUGAAAAUACCAUCACUUGUUCUUCUCUAGCUUCUUCAAACAGAGAAUCAGUGGAAAUAAAGGAGGCAUUACACAUCCACGUUUUGGCACAAGUAUGUACUUAGUUUUAUUUUUUUUCUUUUGUACCCUUCUCUGGAAAAUAUAAAAAUAUAAUACCUUAGGAGACACAGGAUGUGUAACAACUUGCUGGAGUGUUAUUUCAAUGGUAGGUACGGUGGGAAUCAUUUAUGCAAGAGUACUUUUCUGUGUUUUAUAUUCUUAAAGUAGGCUUCUUAAGAUUGUUUGUGUUUAACUUCUAUUUUAACUUGUUUGACUUAACUCUGUUUAACUUCUUAGGUUUUGACAUGUUAUAGGGGAGCUUUCUUCAGAAAGGAGUACUGUAAUAUAGAGGUUUCUAUUUAACACACAUGACAAAACAACAUGUAAAGGUUUUAGUUAAGUGUGGAAUUUUUUGGCUAUUUUUUUUUUCUUUUAUGAAAGAUGCACAAUAACAUAUUUGUAUGCAUAUAUCUCAUAUCUGCAAAACUCUUCCCAACUUCAGACUGUCUAUACACAAGGGAAAAUUUCAUAGCAAUAAAUAAAUUCAUUUUCAGAAUUGCAGAAAUUGUUAGGUGACAUCGGAACAAGAGAAGUGAGAUAAAAUGUAUCCUAAUGAAAAGAUGAAGAAAAGCUUGGAGGGAGGGAGGGAGAGUUUGGUUUAAAAAGCAGGUGUUAAAAAGAUUGAGGAUAUGUGGAUUAGAAAGAAAAAAAAAAAAGGUAUAAGUGAGAGCAGAUAGCAC